GUUGCUCCUCGUCUGAGCCACCCAAUCUCGCCGCCCGAGGCGAUCCCAACAAUAUGAAUUUCACCAAAUUGGAUGAAAUCGAGCUGUUGGCAGCUUUCGACGCUCAUGUUCACCUGAGAGAUGGACCCAUGUCACAACUGGUCACACCAACUAUUCGCAAUGGGGGGGUGAAUCAAGUAUAUGUUAUGCCUAACUUGGUGCCGCCGAUUACGACAAUUCAGCAAUGUCUUGAGUACCGCGACCGCCUGAAAGCUGUCGAGCCUAAUGUGGACUACCUCAUGUCUCUCUAUCUUCAUGAAUCAAUCACUCCGGAGGUGAUUCGGGAUGCAAAGAAAGCCGGUGUCAUGGGCGUGAAAUCCUACCCAGCAGGCGUGACAACUAAUUCAUCAUCUGGCGUCGUGGACUACGAAGCCUUCUACCCUGUCUUCGCGGAAAUGGAGAAACAAGACAUGAUCCUCAAUCUACACGGCGAAGUCCCUUCGACCCCUCCGCACGCACACUCUUCCACUACCAAGGAUUCAACUGCCAUCACCAUUCUCAACGCCGAACCCGCUUUCAUACCUACUUUCAAAACACUCCAUUCAAAGUUCCCCAAGCUCCGCAUCAUCCUCGAACACUGCAGCACCUCGGCCGCCCUCGCCGCCGUUCAGUCCUGUGGCCCUCAGGUCGCGGGAACUAUUACGGCACAUCAUCUCUCCCUCAUCAUCGACGACUGGGCCGGUGAUCCUUUCUGUUUCUGCAAACCGGUUGCUAAAACCCCGGAGGAUCGUGAUGCGCUCUUACGCGCUGUGGUCAACGGGAAUGAAAGGUUCUUUCUGGGUACGGAUAGCGCACCGCAUGAUUCCAAGAAGAAACGGGGCGAGGAUAAGAUCGCGGCAGGUGUGUUUUCACAGCCUUAUGCUAUUGGGUAUGUGCUCGAUGCGUUGGAGAAGGGGGUUGAAAGGGGAGUGAUCAAGGAACAGGAAGUUACUAAGGUGGUCCUGGAAGGGUUCUUGGGAGCAUGGGGAAGGAAGUUCUAUGGGGUGGAGGAUUCCAAGGGGGAGCGGAUAGUGCUGCGAAGAGGCGCGGAGGAAGUUGUGAAUGUGUUAAGGAAAAAAGAGGUAGACGUUGAGGUUGUGCCAUUUCGGCGGGGAGAGAAGACAUGGAGUGUCACGUGGAAAUAAGCUCCAAAAGGAUCAACAACG